UAUAUAAAUUUAUUUACAUAUAAAUGCAUUUAGAAAGAACUUUUGAACACCUGCAUGUAAUUAUCAAUUCUUAGAUGGAAAACUUGUAAUAAAACUUGUCCGUCAUAAAUGUUUAUUGUACUGUAAGCAUAAAGGUUUCCAAUACUGGAAUCUUUUGUUGUUACUUGUUUGUUUCAAGAAUCUAUGACUCUGCUUUUCCUUUGAAUAAUUGUAGAAUAUCUUACUCUUAGUCUUGAUCUUGCUCUAUCAAGUCAUGUGUCUGCAGUUUUUUCUUUCUUUCUUGGAUAUCUGUCAGCCAAUUCUUCUAUUUUAUCCAGUAAGUUUAUGAUAAUUCUACUUAUUCCAGAGAAUAUUAUCUAAUUUUUAGUGUGUAACAUAGAAAAAUAAGAUGUGUUUUUAGAUGAUUUUUCUUAUUUGUAGAAUCCAUUGACAUUCUUCACUCCAGUUAUUGGAUUAUAGUUAUUCAGCUGAUUUUAUCAAGAUGUCUGAUAGUGAUGUCGAUUAUAUGACACACUCUGAAAGUGAUGUCGAUUAUAUGGCACUCUCUGAAAGUGAUUCAGAUAAUUAUAUACCUAGCACCGACGACUCCAGCAGUUCUGAUGAUGCAAGAAGUGAUACUGCUCGAACUUGGCGUGAAACGGACACCAACGUGUUUCCAGCACCUCCUCCACGAUUUCCGUUUACAGGAACUCCUGGAUGUCGGUUCUCUAGAAAUCAAGUCACAGAACCAUUAGAUUAUUUUAAAUUAUUUUUUGAUGACGAAUUGGUGAACCUUAUAACAUCAGAAACAAAUAGGCAUGCACUAACGAGGUCAAAGACAUCCAGGAAACAGUGGCACCCUGUUUCAAUAGAGGAAAUGUAUUUAUUUUUUAGUAUUAUAAUAUUGCAAGGUAUUAUUAAUAAACCGAAUGAGAGGAUGUAUUGGACCACGAACGAAACACUUUCCACUCCAAGUUUUCAAAGAUUAAUGUCAAGAAAUCAUUUUUGGGAAAUAAAACAAAAUUUGAAUUUUACUGAUAAUCAAAAUUAUAAUCCACGAAUUCAUCCAAACCCUAAACUCAAUAAAAUUUGGCCGAUAGUUGAAAAUUUACGUUCAAAAUGUUCUCAUCUCUAUGUCCCAGAAAGGAAUAUAGUGGUGGAUGAGAGUUUAAUGCUUUUCAAAGGACAUCUUUCGUGGAAACAAUACAUGCCUCCUGAACGGUCUCGUUUCGGUGUGAAAUUCUAUAUGUUAUGUGAGUCCUCAUCUGGCUAUAUAUAUAAUUUUACUAUUUACACUGGAAAAAAUACAGUUCUAAACGAAAAAUAUAGAGAUAUGCCACUAACUUCAAAAAUAGUAUUGUCAUUAGCAGACUCGUUGUUAGGCAAGGGCUAUUGUCUAACAACAGAUUAUUUUUAUUCUUCCCCACAUUUAGCUGAUUAUCUGGUAACGGUCCAGACAGAUUUCUUUGGAACUGUGCGAGUGAACAGACAUCAGGUCCCGGCUGAGAUUCAAAAUAAAAAAUUGAAAAAGGGAGAAACAGUAGCGAUGCAGAGAGGUAAAGUGAUGAUUAUGAAGUGGCAACACAAAAGAGCUGUCACUUUACUCUCUACGGUCCACAAUCCUGUCAUGGUUAGUAAAAAAACUCCUGCCGGUAGAAUAAUUACAAAGCCACAAGUUGUUGUCGACUAUAACGACACAAUGGGAGGUGUUGAUCUUUUAGAUCAGCAUCUUCGAGAUUAUCCAGUGGAAAGAAAAAGGGGGAAGAAAUUUUACAUAAAAGUAUUUUUCCAUUUGCUAGAUAUUUGUAUAUUUAAUUCUUUUGUGUUGUAUAAAAUAAAUGGUGGCAGAAUGGAACAUUUACAAUUUAAAAUAAAUAUUAUUGAAAGAAUUAUAGAGGAGUAUCACACCGAAACGAGGGUUACCAGACAUGGUCAGCCGAGAACUUCAGGUCCGAGAACUCCAGGUCCACUUAGACUUAUGGAAAGACAUUUCCCGGACCUUCUUCCGGCGACCGACAGAAAAAAAGCUCCCACUAGACGCUGUGCCGUAUGUAAAACUAAGCAUGACGGUGCAGGGAAAAAACUAAGGAAGGAAACGAGGUACUAUUGUCAAGUUUGUGAUGUGCCUUUGUGUGCAGCACCCUGCUUUAAAAUUUACCACACAGUGGAAAAAUAUUAAUCAAAAUUUACUUUCUUUUACACCAGAAAGUUUUUUCAUUCUUAUGUCACAGU